GCCAAGCAGCGCGAGGCGGACUACGUCAUGGGCUUCAGCCACUCGAUGAACGGAGCGAGGAGGAACAGCGUCUCCUCGAUGCCCGUCACCGAGACCAUGCUACGGAACUGGCAGGGUGCGCCGGUGUACGGCAAGACCUCGGAGGAGGUGUCGCGCAUCAAGGCCGUCAUCGAGGCCAGUUCCGCGCUGCAGGUGAUGUUCGGUCACCUGAAAG